AUGUAUGGACACCAGUCCAUACUAGAAGCAGUCGCUCAGCAUGAAACCCUGAAAGAUAACGACCAAUUCAAUCGUGAUUUUGCGGAAUUGUUGAAUGUGGAAGAGCAUAAAGAGUUCUAUAGAAAUCUCCGCGUCGCGUCUGAUGGAGACUGGCUCUGCCUCCGGGAAUGUGGACAGGAUGAAGAGGGCCUGUCGUUGGCUCCAAAUUCCUUCUUUGAUCCUGCCAUCCCAGGACAAGAUCCCAUGAUGAUGGAGCAGAAAAACUUGAUCAACCUGCUGAAGAUAAUCGUCAAAGAGGUCAUCGAGUGUUCCAUGGUUCACGGAGGUGUGCUUGAGGCGGAUCAACUGCCUCUUCAACAUUUCCUGGCUGUGGUUGAACACGCUCUUCAGCACGGUUUGAAGCCAAAACGAGGUCUUCUCGGGCCUCGUAAAGAACUAUGGGAUUUGCUGCAGGAAGUAGAUCGUCUCUCCCCGGAUGCCCAGGAAAUUACCAUGAGUGUCCGUGAACUUCCCACUGUGAAGAGUUCGCAGGGUAGAGCAAGAGCUUGGCUGAGACUCGCGUUGAUGCAGAAAAAGCUGGCAGAUUACAUCAAGUGCCUCAUUGACCAUAGGGAUGAUGUCUUGUGUCAUUUUUAUGAGUCCAGAGCCUUGAUGAUGUCCGAGGAUGCGAUAGUUUUGACAGGACUAUUGCUCGGAUUGAAUGUGAUUGACUGCAACAUUUGUUUGAAGGAAGAAGACCUGGAUCUGCAGCAAGGGAUUAUUGAUUUCUCUGUUUACCUGAAGAAGCCAUCUGCAAUGAACCAUACAGACUUCCGCGAUUUAAUUGAGAUCACUGGGAAGCAAAUGGGUCCUGACAGCAUGGCUGCUUUGUUGGAUCAGAAAAAUUAUCUGGAAGAAGUUAAUCGUCAUUUGAGUUCGACUGUGUCCGACCUUCAAGCUCGCUUGGACACAAUGCACACCACGAACAAUCUCCUGAAGCAAGACGUGGCAAUUUCCAAAAGCCAAGUGCUGCAACUCGGCGAUGAAAACCGAAUGCUGAGAAGUCAGUUGCAGAAGGCCCAGAAACACGCCAAUGAUUCCAAGAGUUCGGAGGAUAUGUUGUUGAAUGGGAAGGGCUCUGCUGGGGACAAUGCCUUGAUUCGUGAAGGUGGCGACGGAGCUGCUUGUUCUCCACCUGUGGGCCUGGGUCGAAAUGAAGCCCUCAAUCACUCGUUGACCAUUGCUGACCUGAAGAAGAAACUCGCUGAUGAGGAAACCCAGUCUGCGAGGCUCCAAAGAGAGCUGGAUUUGCAAGCGAGUGUGCAUGGCAACAGCGAAUGUGAAUUUGAUAUCAGAUCCAAGAGCGACCGGAUUUCCAAGCUGCAAGAAAAGACUGUUCAAGUCGCUGCUGCGUUGAGCAGAUUGGAGCAGUAUGAUAGAGACAAAUCUACCCUGGAUGAACUGAGACGUUCUAGCAUGACGUCCAAAAUGUCUGCGGACCCUGUUACGUCUCAAGGGGUGGUCUAUUUCGAAUUCUGGUUCAGGAUGGUUGAAAGGUCUUUGUACUGGGACGCCAGGAUGAGUGAAAUUGACCCUAGAGCGGAAAUGGCUCGGAUUGAUAACAUCCUGCGGGAAUACGAUGCAGCCAUGCAAGGUGUGCAGGAGAUCAAAAAUGCCCUGGACGAAUUGUACGCCAAGCUGAUGCAGUUUAUCGAUGAAGCCCAAGCCCUGAUGCAGGAAGAAGAACAAGAACCGAUUUCCAGAGGCACUCGCUAUUGUUCUGGCUGA